AUGGAAAUAGAUAAUAAUGUUCUAAUCGAUCUAAGUACAAAUAGUGUGGAUAAACACAUGAAAACCAACAUCGAAAACAUUUCCGAACAAGCAUCCAAAAAUCCUCCCCCCACUCAAAUCCCAUCCCAGACACCAAAAAGACCAGCCUCAUCAACCUCCAGCACCUCCCCUCUAUUAAUCCAUCAAACGUUAAUAACCAAAUUAGCAGCUCUUCAUCUCAAAUCAACACGCAAAUUCAACAACCUAAGAAGUAACUCUGUCAGACAAACUACUAGAUUCCGUGAAAGCUCCCCAACCACAAUUAAAAAAACAAAAAAGAUCAAAUUCAUUAGAACAGAUUAUAUUAAAACUGGAUCAAACACUUGA